AUGAUUCCAUUCGUAGCAUCUCCAAGCACUGAAGAAAAAACAAGCAACAUUACAAUCCAAAAGCAGGACACAAAUUUUGUUGUUUUUGCAUAUGGCAUUGUACCACCUCUUCUGAAUCAUAGCAAAAUCAAGCAAUCCUUGCUAAGAAAAGACCCCACUCAUGAAGGAAUCGUAAAAUUAAAAUGCGGAGCCGAGCAUUUUGUAUGCUUGACAGAGAAAAAUGCGUUAAUCAUAGGAGGCAGCAAUAAAUACGGCCAAUGCGGAUAUACUGAGUUAGAGCAGUUAGAAGCGCUCAAAAAUAAGCCAGUUACUAAAGAGGAUCAAGAAAAAACCGAAGAGCCUGAGCCCCAAAACAAUCACAUUUGGACUGUCCUAAAAAUAGACGGUCACGAAAUUUUAGAUAUUGCUGCUGGAUCUUAUCAUACCAUGAUCUUGGUCAAAAGAAACGAAGAUGGCUUAAGACGAUUACUUUGCAUGGGCCAUGAGCUUGGCUCAGGAUUUUUAGAUAAGAAGCAUAGAUGCAACCCAACUGAAAUUUUUAUCCCAGGAACUGAUGGAGAUCCUAUUAAAAAGAUUUUUGCUGGCCAGCUAAGAUCUGCUGCUGUAUUGGAAUCUGGGAGGAUUUUUAUGUGGGGAGAAUGGUUUUCUGGUCAAAAGCAAAGGCAUCCUGUUGAAAUUAAUAUGACGCUGGACGAAGGUGACAAUAUAAAGAAAAUUUCAAUUGGGAAAAUGCAUGCUUUAAUUAUUACUAAAAAAGGAAAAUUAUACUCUGUAGGAGACAAUACUUAUGGAGAGCUUGGCGAGCCUAGAAAUGUAAGAGGAAGGGACAGACCAGCAACAAUUGAGUUCUUCAACAACUGGGGAAGAGUAUGCAAAGGCUUUCAAAUUAUAGACUGCGAAGCUGGAUGCAGGCACUCUAUUAUUCUAGACAACAUGGGAAAUAUUUAUACAUUUGGAGAUAAUAGUGAAGGACAAUGUGGGCUUGAGGAAAAUAGAGUUUAUACUCCAAAAAUUGUUGACGUGCCUGACAUUUUUGCAGACACAAACGCAAAAGCCAGCUAUAUCUUCGCGGGGGAUGCCCAUUCAGCUUGUUUGACUUUAAAUGGAGAUCUAUUUGCGUGGGGUGAUAAUAGUGCAGGAAGGCUAGGAAUUGAGUCGAAUGGGUCUGUAUUCCACCCUACACUUGUGGACGAGUUAGUUGGCAGGUGGUCAAGCACAGAUGCCAACCCCCCACCCCCACCCCCCAGUUUGGAUGUAUACAUCACACCCCCACCCCUGUAUGGAUCACUUCCCACCCCUGUAUGGAUCACACCCCCACCCCCUGUAUGGAUCACACCCCCACCCCCCUUGCAUCUAUGGAUCCCACCCACACACCCCCAUUCCAUUAAUAGAUGCCACCCCCCCCUAUAUAAUGUAAACUGUAUUAAAGGCAAAUAAAAUGUAUUAAUUGCUCACAGCAUAAAAAAUUCAAGUCAUAGGGAUGAUAAAAAAAAUCGGAUACAGUGUGCUAACGAGGAACCAUAUUUUCAAUGAACCUUCAAGCACAUACCUCGUGUUUUAAAUCAUAUAAAGGUCAAAAAUUUCUAAAUAAUGCAGGCUAGCUCCCCCCGCCAUUUAAUAACAAACAAACAGUCAUUUUUUUUUCCUAAAAAUUUUUCCUAAGGCCCAUUUAAUACCGAACAAAAUUUACUAUAAAAUUUAUAUAAGCUAAUUUAGUCUUUACAGUUUACUAAUUUUAAGUAGUUAGAGUAAGAUAAAGACAAGCAUAAUCAAGCAAAGAGUAAUAAAUAAGAGCUAAUAUGGCUUAAUCUUAAGAUGGUGCUUUACUCCCCCCUCCGUAAGAGAACAAAAAAAUAUCGUUUGCUCACGAAGGAGAUUAUUUGUAUUUUUACGAAAUUUAAAAAAAUCCUAAUUCGCAAAAAUUGGAAAGCAAAUAUUAAUUGAAUUUGUAAAAUUUUAUGUUUUAAAACGCAAUUUGUUUAAAAUUAAAAAAAAUUAGGCAGAGAUUUCAUUAUAAUAAUUAUCACUUAUAUAUCAAACUUUUUUCCAUAAAAAAUUUUUCUAUUAAAAAAAUUUUUGUUUGCUCACGAAGAGUGAGGGACUUUUCUAAUGGUUUUGUUCGCUCACGGAGUGGGGGAGUUAGCAAUAGUUAUUUUUUCGCAUAUUUAGGCGCUUUCUCUUUAUGUUGGCAUCAUUUGACUUUUUAUUAUUAACCCUUUAUUGAAAUUUUUAUAUAAAAAAUCAUAGAUAUUUAAUAUAAAUUUUAUAUAUUUUUUUCCCAAGAAUUUUAUAAGUUAGACCCAUUUAAUAACGAACUAAAAAAGUGUUCGUUAUUAAAUGGGGGAGUAAAAGACUUUAUAGAGAAAUCAAAAUAUUUUUUGAGUCAUUUAUUGAUUCCUUUCUAUGUAACAAGUUUUUUGCAAUUAUUUUAUUUUAAAUGUAUUACUAAUAUAUAUUGGCUAUAUCAGUCUAUGCUAAAUAUACUUAUGAUCAUUAAUAUUUAUUUAUGAAUCUAUUUAUGAAUUAACUAAAAUUUUAUUGUAUGUCUUAUUUGUAAGAUUUGAUACUUAUAUGUUUACCUAUAUGAUAGAGGGGGUGGGGGGUGGAGGGGGUGGGAUCUAUUUAACAUAUGGGGUGGGGGUGGGAUCCAUAUAUACUAGGGGGUGGGGGUGGGAUCCAUGCACGGGGGGGUGGGGGUGGGGGGGUUGGCAUCUGUGCUUGACCAGGCAGGAAUUUAUGUGGUGCUUGUCUUGGAGGGUUCUUCAGUAUAUUUGUGGCUGGAACAGAAAACAAUUCACUAUUAAAGAAAUAUGAAAUAAGAAAACGAAAAACGCAAGCUAGAAAAACACUGAGACUUGGAGGACUUAAACUGCCAAUUAAACUUUAA